CGAUGCCGCACAUGGCGACGAUGCCGGCACAUAAACUGACGUCAGGCAUCAGGACAAUCACACUCGCUCCCAAGGCCACCAUCCAUAAACCAGCAAGACUCCACGCACAAACACAACAACCAACCAUCGCCCCAUUUGUUUGCAGCAGCAUCUCCCAGUAGAAGCGACCCUUGCCAAACACAUCCGGGAGAUAAAAUCUCAGCAGACAACAAAUCAAACUGAUCAUGUGCCCACCUCCCUCAGUGCUCUACCAUACAGAAAAACUACCGCAUCCCCUCUAUCUAUGACAGAAAUACUGAGCGAGCCAGAGGCGAAGUUGGUGAGUGCAAGCAACAUUGGCUCGCCACGACUGCCACCUCCCUCACCACUCACUCUAUUUAUACCCUCAGACAUGUCUGUCUGUCUAUCGUGAGAAGAGACUGAAGAUGAUACCCCACGUUACGGCACGCCAGAAACGCUUGGCAGGUGAGUCCUCGUCCUCCGCAGCUGCAGCCACCAGGCAGGCAGGCAGGGAGGGAGGGAGGCAGGGAGGCAGGGAGGGAGGGAGACAAAGGGGACAGAUCAGAACAGCACACAGAAAUGCACGCAUGAAAGUUACGAGUGCUGGUGUGUUUGUCAUACGUCGUGGCGGUGGUGGGUAGAUGAUGAAGCGGACCGCCUUCUUGGGGGUCUCUCCCCGACCUGAUCAGUGGACAUCAGAAAUACCAACACACCAAUCACACACAGUGAUUUGUUAACUGACCUCUGACGACCUCCCGGACAGGCCAUCUCGGAUCAAUGUUGCGCUUGAGGGACACCUCAGGGAUUAUUCUACCCUGACGCGCCCGCACGUGGCCUUUCACGCUCAACGGGCACCUCUCGUUUGCCACCUCCCCGAACUCGUCCAUCGUCAUGCCCUCCGUCAGAGGGACGUCGAACACGCGGCCGCAUUGUGUGCCAUCUUGCUCGAAGGCUUGGGCAAACAGGCAGUCCUCUGCAGGGCUCCCCUGCUGAUCUUUCUUCGGCUUGCUGCUGGGGAAGCCUGUGCGGAACUGCUGCAUAGCUUGGGAGGUGGCCGGGAGGAUGGAUGGGUCUUUGAGUUGGGAGAGAGGAAGCUGCAGGCGGCUGGUCGAGGCGCGACGACGGAGGGAGGGCGGGCUCACCACGAAUGACGGAACCUCCCCAGCCUGCAUGGCACACACACAUGGCACACACACAUCACAGUGAUGCUACGAAAUGUGUGCGUCUGAUCACCUUGUUGCUGGCGCCCAGGGAAGGCACGAAUAGCAGAAUAGCCCACAUCGACAUCAUCAGGG